GAGAUCUGUUGACCAGCGCAGAGUCAAGAAGACAAGGUGUAAAGAGCAUGAUGGAGUUUUCUGCAUCAAUGAUUUUGGCAGGGCUCAUUUUAGCUCUGCUGUGGUUGUUUAGUGUCAAGAACAGUAGGAAGCAUCGUUUGCCUCCAGGACCCUUUGCACUUCCUCUCAUAGGAAACCUGCCACAGCUGCAGAAAAAUGCACCUUUUAAAAGCUUCAUCAAGCUCAGUGAAACCUACGGCCCUCUGAUGACAUUGCACCUGGGCUGGCAGAGGACAGUUGUAUUGGUGGGAUAUGACGCAGUGAAGGAGGCUCUGGUGGACCAAGCAGACGACUUCAAAGGCAGAGGACCACUGCCAUUUCUGCUCAAGGCUACCAAGGGCUACGGUUUGGGAAUCAGUAAUGGAGAGCGUUGGCGGCAGCUGCGACGUUUCACUUUGACCACGCUGAGAGACUUUGGGAUGGGACGCAAGGGGAUGGAAGAGUGGAUCCAAGAGGAGAGCAAACACAUGAGGGCCCGCAUAGAUACAUUCAAAGGUACACCAUUUGACCCCACGUUCUUGUUGAGCCGCACUGUGUCCAAUGUGAUCUGCUGCCUGGUGUUUGGUGAACGCUUCAGUUAUGAAGACAAGAGCUUCCUAUACCUCCUCAACAUCAUAUCUGAGAUUUUAAAGUUCAACAGCAGCUUUAGGGGUCAGAUGUACAACAUCUUUCCCUGGCUCCUAGAGCAUCUGCCUGGCAACCAGCAUACUGUUUUUGCCCAGGUUGAUGAGAUGAGAGAGUUUAUCAAAAUGAAGAUCCAAGAGCACAAAGAGACACUGGACUCCAGCUCCCCGCGGGACUAUAUUGACUGCUUUCUCAUCCGAAUGAAUCAGGAAAAGGACAAUCCCACAACUGAGUUCAACUAUGACAACUUGGUCGCUACAGUGAUGAAUCUCUUCCUGGCAGGAACAGAAACCACCAGCACCACCAUCAGAUAUGCCCUCGGUGUGCUGGUCAAAUAUCCCAACAUACAGGAGAAAAUGCAGCAGGAGAUUGACACUGUGAUCACAAAAGGCCUUUGCCCAAGCAUGGAGAACAGGAAGUCCCUCCCUUUCACAGAUGCAGUCAUCCACGAGGUGCAGCGUUUUCUGGACAUUGUUCCUUUCAGCCUCCCUCACUACGCACUCCACGACAUCUCUUUCAGGGGUUACACAAUUCCCAAGGACACUGUGAUUAUUCCCUUGUUGCACUCUGUGCUGAAAGAGGAAAAGCAAUGGGCGACUCCCUGGUCCUUUAACCCCGAGCACUUCUUGGACCAAAAUGGCAACUUCAAGAAAAAUCCUGCUUUCCUGCCAUUUGCUGCAGGGAAGAGAGCCUGUGUUGGCGAGUCUCUGGCUCGUAUGGAGCUUUUUAUCUUCCUGGUGUCACUGCUGCAAAAUUUCACCCUUUCCUGCACCAAAGGCCCCGACAGUAUUAACCUCAUUCCUGAGUACAGCGGCUUUGCCAAUUUGCCUCGCAGGUACCAGAUCAUUGCCACACCACGGUGA